AUUAGUUUAAUUGUAUGUGAAGAAUGAGAUUGAGAAGGCAGAAAAAGAAAAGAGAUGGAUGAGUAGGUUGUGUUGGGAAAGUAACGUUGGAGAACAACAGAAGCCAUGUGGAAACCCUCUCCUACAGAAGGAGAAGCAGAGGCACCAAAGGCACCACCCAACAACCUGAUCCCGUCCCUUCCAGACGACGUCGCUUUGAACUGCAUAGCACGCAUCCCUCGCUGCCACCACCCAAUCCUAUCCCUCGUUUCCAAACCCUUCCGCACCCUCCUCUCUACCCCUCUCUUCUUCACCACGCGCUGCCUCCUCAACUGCACGCAACCCCUCCUCUACCUCACUCUCCGCACGCCCGCCUCCUCCCUCCAGUGGUUCACGCUCCACCGCACAGUCCCUAGCCCCCUCUUAACGCCGCUCCCCCCAAUUCCCUCCCCCGCAGUGGGCUCCGCCUACGCCGUCCUUGGCUCCACCAUCUACGUCCUCGGCGGCUCCAUCAACGAUGUCCCCUCCCCCCACGUCUGGCUCCUCGACUGCCGUUUCCACCGCUGGCUUCCGGGUCCAAGCAUGCGUGUCGCUCGGGAGUUCGCCGCCGCGGGGGUCCUCGGUGGAAAGAUUUACGUUCUCGGUGGCUGCGUCGCUGACACGUGGGCCCGCUCCGCCAACUGGGCGGAGGUCCUAGACCCCGACGUUGGGCGCUGGGAGAGGGUGGCCAGCCCCUCCGAGGUCCGGGAGAAGUGGAUGCACGCCAGCGCGGUCGUCGGCGACAAGGUGUACGCGAUGGCGGACCGCGGCGGCAUCGCGUACGAGCCGCGCAGUGGAUCGUGGGAGAGCGUAGGCGGAGAAUUGGAUCUCGGGUGGAGAGGUAGGGCGUGCGUGGUGGAGGGUAUUUUGUACUGCUACGACUAUUUGGGGAAAAUCAAAGGCUUCGAUGUGGGGCGCGGGGUGUGGGAAGAGUUGAAGGGGUUGGAGAAGGGCUUGCCUAGGUUUCUUUGUGGGGCCACCAUGGCUGAUUUGGGUGGGAAAUUGUGUGUGGUGUGGGAGUGCCAAGGCAAUGGGAAAGAAAUGGAGAUUUGGUGCGCUGAGAUUGGAGUGCAGAAGGAUCCAGAUGGGAAUCUGUGGGGUCAACUUGGUUGGUUUGGGAAAGUUCUCUCUGUUCCCAAAGGCUCCUCUGUUGUGCAUUGUUCUUCUGUUUCCUUGUGACCUUUCUCUUUGUUUGUGCCAUUGUUUGUGAAGUUGUGAAUAACUCGAGCUGCUCAACUAGCAGUGCUGCUGUAAGUAAAUCUACUGGUGCCAGUUAUUCUGGUAAUGCCAUGAAAUGUAUAUCUAUACCUGUUUAUUAUCUCUCAAUAAAAUAUUUCCUUUCAUUUUUGUACA